GCGUCGGCUGGGCUUCUGGGGCGCGACGGCUUCUGCUUGCGGACCUCGAAACCGUCGGGGAGCCGCAACAACCGCUGUUUUCCUGCUUUGCUGCAGCAACUGCACGGGGCAGAGACCUUUCUCCCCCCCCUUGCCGGGCAUUUUUGUGGGGUGCGUCCCGCCCGAGGACUGCGUACAGCAGGCGAGAGCCACUCUGGAGAUGUUCCUGGCCCCCGAAGAGGCACCAGCGAGCGCGCAGGAGCGGCCGGGCUGCUGAGAACGCGCCGUCGAGGGAACGUCGGAAGGCAGCAGGCAGAAUGGGCUGCAUGAAAUCCAAAGAAAUCAACCUUAAUGAAAAAGGUUCAGGAACUCGUUUGAGCUUGGGUGAUCAGAAUAAUUACAUCCCAGACCCCCUUGGCGCAGCACCCAGCAAGCCAAAGCCUUCCGGAACCGAUGGACCAGAGGAGUUUAUUGUUCUGGCUCUUUACGACUAUGAAGCCAUCCACAAGGAGGACUUGAACUUCCAGAAGGGCGACCACCUCAAAGUCCUAGAGAACUCGGGCGAGUGGUGGAGAGCGAAAGCCCUCUCAACAGGCCAAGAGGGUUAUAUCCCCAGCAACUAUGUCGCCAGAGUCAACUCCCUGGAGACAGAGGAGUGGUUUUUCAGAGGCGUCAGCAGGAAGGAUGCUGAGCGGCAGCUGCUGAGCCCUGGGAAUGUGAUAGGCUCCUUCAUGAUCCGAGACAGCGAGACAACCAAGGGUUCUUACUCCUUGUCCGUGCGAGAUUUCGACAACCAGAACAAAGUGGAGACGGUGAAGCAUUACAAGAUUCGGAUGCUGGACAGCGGCGGCUUCUACAUUUCUCCUCGGAACACCUUCAGCACCCUGCAGGAGCUGGUCAGCCAUUAUAAGGGGCAAAGCGAUGGUCUGUGUCAAAAGCUGACUUACCCGUGUAUCGCUCCGAAACCUCAGCAGCCCUGGGAGAAAGAUGCCUGGGAAAUCCCCCGCAGCUCUCUGAAGCUGGAGAAGAAACUGGGAGCUGGGCAAUUUGGAGAAGUCUGGAUGGCCACCUACAACAUGCACACAAAAGUGGCCGUCAAAACUAUGAAGCCAGGGAGCAUGUCUGUGGAAGCCUUCCUGGAAGAAGCCAACAUCAUGAAGACCUUGCAGCACGACAAGCUGGUCAAGCUGCAUGCCGUCGUGACCAAGGAGGAGCCCAUUUACAUCAUCACCGAAUACAUGGAGAAAGGUAGUUUGCUGGAUUUCCUGAAGAGUGACGAGGGUCACAAGCAGCGGCUCCCGGUUUUGAUAGACUUCUCUGCCCAGAUUGCAGCAGGCAUGGCUUUCAUUGAGAAGCGAAACUACAUCCACCGCGACUUGAGAGCUGCCAACAUCUUGGUCUCGGCCAUGCUGGCGUGCAAGAUUGCCGAUUUUGGCUUGGCUCGGGUGAUUGACGACAACGAAUACACAGCCCGGGAAGGUGCCAAAUUUCCCAUCAAGUGGACUGCGCCCGAAGCCAUCAACUUCGGCUCCUUCACAAUAAAGUCUGACAUCUGGUCUUUUGGGAUCCUCCUGAUGGAGAUAAUUACCUACGGGCGGACCCCAUACCCAGGGAUGUCGCACCAGGAAGUGAUCCGUGCCCUAGAGCGCGGCUAUCGGAUGCCACGCACAGAGGACUGCCCAGAGGAGCUCUACGAAGUGAUGAUGCAGUGCUGGAAACGCAAGCCUGAGGACCGCCCAACGUUCGAGUACAAUCAGAGCAUCCUGGAGGAUUUCUUCACUGCCACCGAAAGCCAGUACCAGCAACAGCCUUAAAGUAGAUGGAGGACCGGACAGCAGAGUUGGACAGUCACUGCAGAAUGAUGCUGGAGAGAGAGCCAGUAUUUGAUGUCAAGAUCGCCCUGUGGCUUCGGCAAAAGUAGCUGCUUCCAUCUUGGGAGAUUACAAGGAACAUUUUAUUGACUGCUGUUGUUGUGCUCAUAGCUAAAAUGCCUUUUAAAAACUGCAUUCAGUAGAUGCCAUUUCUGCUGAAGCAUGCCAUGCACUUUUUGUCUCAGGGUUUUGUUACCUGCUGGAAAACCACUGGCUGUUGGUCUAGAAGUGUCAUGUGUGUGUGUGUGUGUGUGUGUGUGUGUGAGAGAGAGAGAGAGAGAGAGUGUUUGUCAUUUGACUUGGGGGGGGGCAUGAAUCUGACUAAUUGACCAGGCAAAUAAUAUAAUAAAUAUACAGUACCACUAAUUACAGGCAUUCUAAGUAAGCUUGCCACCUCUUUCUUAAUGCAAGGGAUGGCUGCUUAUUUAGCAAUAUGAAAUUUUAAUGCUGAAUAGGAAACUGUUCCCUGAAAUAAAGCACAGAUGGUGAGCCUAAUUGGCUUAUAUUGAUCGCAGCACCCCUAGUAGCAAUAAGAUUAAAUCCUAAACUAUUCUAAUCAAUGUAUUAUUUAUAGCGUAUAAUAUUAUAGAAAGAUCAGUGUAUGCCAACAAUAUUCAAAGGAACAAACGGUUAUUCCUGGUUUUUACUUGGAGGGGAGGUCUGACUGUUACAGACGAAAUGCAUGCAGCAAUGAGAAGCAGGUUUAUUUUUUAAUUAUGGUUGCAGUUGUAUGUGUUUGUGAAUCUAGAUUCCUGAAGUAGGAAGGAGUUGCUGAGAGUACACUAUCCUCUUUCAACUUGAAUAAUGCCAUGAUGGCAUUAAAAGGGCACUGAAAAGCUAUCCUUAGAUUCAUGGAAUACCUGACUGCAGUCAAAUAUCAGGCAACUCUGCUGCCAGUCUAAGUAAACAAUAUGCAGCUGGGUAGAGAAGCAGUCUGCCCUGGUGUAAGGUGACUUCCUACAAUCAUUACAGGUGGACUGGACAUUUGUAUGGUGCUGAAUCAGGAGUUUGCAAGACUCUUGUGGUUUACGCACCCUUUGAUCCUCGUACAAGAGAAAGGGCACUAAGACCACAUCUGUUCACAAGAGCAGGACUGCGCUGUUUUCACAAUUGCGUUUCAAGUUAGGGGCAUAUGUAUUUUUAUAGAAAAUUUUCCCAAACCAGGUAGCAAUAAAACAACAUAGAAAAUAGAACUGCAAAAUUGGAGAAUCCUAAAACGUAAGAUUGAAAGAAUGAGAUUUUUUUUAAAAAAAAUGGCAGAGAAGUAGCAUAAGGAGCAAUAAUGGAUCAGUGCUAGCUCAUGGUAUGUUUGGAAAAGAUGACCUCUGUAGAUCUCCUCCCAAAGAUGACCCACCUCCUCCUUAGGGCUGUCCCCACUGCCCAUUCCCUUGCCCCUCCCAGACUCAAUCCAAACGGAGGGAGAGUAGCAUUCCUUCACUUGCCUACUAUUCACUCUCUCUGGACCAGAGGGAAAAUGGAAAACCAUUCAAGGCUGCUGUUCCAUCUACAUGAUCUUGCAUGUUCAGAGGAGUGGCGGAGCCAGGAAGCUCUGGGGGUGGACAAUCCUCCCCCCCCCCAAAAAAAGAGUGUGGAUAAUGAAAGUUGACCAGCAAUGCUGACCCCUGCCGCCGACCCUGUAUCAGAUAAAACAGCAGAUUAAAGAAAUUCAGAAUAAAAAUUAGCCAGUUAAGUAUCCAUAUUUCUAGGUUCUAUCUUUUCAGAUUCAAGGUAGGUAUGGCUCACAUUUCAUGCCAGAUUAUACAUUUUCACAGUUGUGAUUUAAAAGGGGGGGGGGAGUUGUCAAAGGGUUAUUUCAGCAAAAGGGCUAUAUCAGUUUCCUCUUUCCUCCACCCUUCUGCUUUGCAAAUUUGUUAAUGUUUUUCUUUAAAAGUUAAAUUAAAACAUGAGGUGUAAAUAUACAUAUAUUUUAUCUAGUGUAGAAGGGAGGAAGAGGAGAACCUUGCAUUUUUCACACAUCCUUCGUGUCUGUCCAUUUUGUUAGUAUCUUUGUGAUGUCAUCUGGUGAGCUAUCCACAGGCUGGAUCCAGAGGUGGUGAAAUCCAGAACCUCCACAGCUUGGAAGGUUUGCAUUUUUAAUGCCAGUGAAAGUUGAGGAAAUACUUUCCACAGCCAGCCUCUGCCUUGUCCUUAUUUUUGUGCCUGAUCUUAACAGCGUAAUAAAUAAAAUAGGAUUUGUUUCAGGAUAUUUAGUCUAUAUGUUGAAAUGUUUGGUUGUGAACUUUUUUGCAUGUUUUAUAAUGAUAAAAAUGUUAAGAAGUCAAACAUUUGUGUGUGUGUGUGUUUUGGACACAGGUUGUGAUAAUUUUGGAACGGUGCAUUUGGAAGCCAGUUUGUAUUGUCAGGAUCUAAUUAAAGUUAGAUCCUAUGUCCAUGCGAUCAGAAGCAACUCACCGAGUUCAGUGUGGGAUACACCCCAAUGUAAAUGUGCCUACACUUCUCUUUAAGGAACUGCAGUCCUGACGAUCCUAAACGUCAAUAGGAUACCCUCUUACUUUUUCUAAAGGUUUUCAGGCCUUAAAAUACUAUAGAUACUAUAAUACCACAACUAUGAGCAAUGUCCAGCAA